UGCAAAACACACGCGCCCCUGCAACUGGAGCUGUUAAAGGAGCAGGUCUUAGGCCUUCACCACAACUCCUGUUGCCUUCAGUGGGAGCCGUGCCUGAGUAAGGACUGCAAGAUUGUCUUAAUCUGGUGGUCCCUGGUUAUGCGCAGUGGUCUAUGGCUAAGACAUGGUAUUAAUAAAAUGAUUUGGGAACCCAUGUGGACUAUCCACCAUGCCUGGCAGGCAAAUGCUUCCCUUUUCAUCUUUCCCAGAGUGCAUAGGUAGUGGUGGGGAUUGCAGAAUGCUUUGCAGGCCGGAUUGCAGAGGGCGAAGUUGCAGUCAUGCCAUUGGCAGGAGAAUUGCAUAUUUAUGCCACAAAGCACCUGUAUGGCUCUUCCAGCAGAAAAUUGGGCUCAUGUAUAAUGCUUUUGUGUCUUCAGAACUGUGUACAAACAUUCAGCAUUCGUAUAAAUGGCCCAAUAUCACUUGCAAGCUCUGAAUAGAUGGACGCUGUUCUUGUACACUUGCUCCUAAUUGCUCAUGAAUUGCAGAACCGGUUAGAAGCAGCAGCGUUUUUAGCCACUUUGCUGUAUGUAUUUUUUUUUUUUAAACCUGUUUCCUGACUGCAUCUCUUCUCUCUGUGAGGUCAUUCUGGCUUUGGCGCAGCUCAGGGUAACCAGACUCUCCUGGUGGAAUUCCAUUAAACGGUUCCCACAUUAUUACAGCAGGGAUUGGCCAUCUGUCAGAGCUACGCAAAAUGACUUGCCCUGCAUAGUCUGGAUUAUAGAUCGGUUCAUCUCUGCUUGGCCUAUGCCUAGGAAAACCCUGCGAAUACUUGGCUGUGUCCCUGGGCCCAGGCGCUUGCUUUCUCUCGAUUGCAUGGUAGGGCGAGAGACCUAACUCUCCCCAUGCAGAAAGAGAAGAAUGCAAGGGACUGUGGUGGCCCAUGCUGCCUCCCAAGGCAGUGCUCAGAGAUCUCAUCCUGUGAGAGAAUCCCUCCUAGAAAGUGGAGGGGGCAGAGAGGCAGGUGAACCACAUCUCCAGUCCCUUGUGGCCUACAGGAAAAACCAAAGACUAGCAAAAGGGACGCGUUAAAGGCCCAGGAGGUCCUGGAACAAGAAGGGCUGUGAAGGUAUCUUUGAGGAGUGCUCCACAGACAGCUGGUCCUUUAGUAAGUGCGGAUGGGUGGGGAUGACUCAAACUGGAGAACACAGAACUUAUGGGAGUGAGGAAGAGCAGUCUGGACAAGCCUGAGCCUGACUGUCUGCUCUGUAACUUCAUCGCCCUGCGGCCCGAGUCAGCGGAGCUGGACCAGCCCUGUUGUUUUAUAACAGUGGGGACAUACGCAGAGAGGGAGUCGGGAGAAGACACUGGCUGGGACUGGCCAUCAUGGGGCCAGGGAAGUGGCCGCCAUCUGGGGCGCGAGAGGCGAAGUUCCCUGCAGCACCACUUCCAGGCAUGAGGGGAUUCCCUAGAGGUGAAGAUGCUCUUACAGACCCUUAGCACCUGUUGAAACUGCUGUCAGCCUAGCCAGUAGCAUCUCCUCUGUUCCUGCAUUGCUCAGUGCUGAGGCUCAUUUCAUUAGACAUUCUCCUUACCUAGUAGAUUCUGUUAUUGCACCUAAAUUCUGCUCUGAGACAAUUCUCCAGUUCCUGUCCUAAGCAAUAGCCUUUUGUUCUUUUCAAUUGAGAGAGUUUAAUUUAUUUGAAACAUACAAGCAGCUAUUUGAGCUCUUAGUGGAGGGGGAUGUUAGAUCGAGAGUCACUAAAGAAAUGUCAUUCUUAUUUGAACUAUAAGCUACUAACUUCAAUCAAACAUAAGGCGCUGGGGUCCUUUUUCUGCUUGCAGCAUAUUGUUUGGUCGGAGGCAUGGGUGGUGCAGUCGAAUGCAUCCCCCUUUCCCAUCCCCAAAUGCCUUUAUGGGGUCACAUUCUAAAGCCUCAGAAAGCCCUCGAUUCUGCCUUCAUUUCCUGUUGUCGGCGAAAUGAUCAGUAGAGGAUUUUUUAAAAUAAAAUGUGGAUAAGAAAAGUUCUUUUGUCAGUUUCCGUCAUGUGCGACCCCAUCCCUCUCUGCACCUCACGGGUUGUUCUGUGGAAUGGGAGGAAGGAAGCCCCUAGCUUUUUAUAGGAGGAGGGGUGUUUCCUGCUUGCAAGAUUGCUGUUUCCUUUGCUUCAGUUUGAUGUGAUGACAGGAUUCCUUGAUCCUGCUGACAUGUUUCCUUUGCCAAAUGAAGAAAAUUAAGAUUUCUGGAAAGCUAUUAACGCGCGGCCCAACUUGGCAGCCCUCCAAAGGAGCGAAGCUCCCGCUGAGGUGCAAAGUGGGGCCUUGCUCCGCUGAGGACCCUGGAGUUUGACCGAGUGGCAUCAGAAAUGUAUUUGUUCCAGGUUUGUUAAAAAUGCACCGUCAGUGACCGUGGGUGGCUGUUAAUUCUUGAUGAGUGUCUGAGUCCUGCAAACUGAAGCAGGUAUGUCUGUCUGUGCUCCGAGAUGGGCCAUGUGUCUGAGAAGCUCUGAAUUGAGAUGGCAGCUUGACUGAUCCUAAAUUCUGAGAUGUUUUGCAGAAUAAAUUAGUUAUGUAGCAACCUCCGUGCUCUUCAGAAACACACUCAGGAAUGUCCUCUUCAGGGUUGGGUCUGGAAUACUUUCGAGAGGCAGAAGGAGGAAAGUACAUAAGUGCUCUAAUCUUGCGAAUAGUCCAAAAGCUACUGUAGCUACAUCCGGCAAUCAGUCCACCAUCAGAAGGAUUGGAAAUUCCACUCUGAUCUGCAGUUCAAAGCCACUGCCCUCCCUGAGGAUGAAUUGUUGGCUUCAUCUUGAUUUGCACAUGCAAACUAGCUGUAGAAGCAUUGUAACUCUAAAAUAUAAAUCUGUCACGGUACCCAAAUCCCUUUGAUCGGUGAGGAAAUGUGCUCAUGACCUGUGAAAGGCACUGCUGCAUCUCCAGUGAAAAGUCGUGAGUGGAUCAUAAAGGAUAAAUACUGAAUCCUGUCGAAAACAAGUUUUUCCCUUUACAGCACAUCUGGAGUUCACAUGUCUAGAAAAUGUAGACGACUUCCAGCAUGGGUUCUAUCUGUGUAGAUUUUCCAAGGCUAAGCACAGUGGUCACUAAAAUCCAAUGGGCUUUUGAGCAUGAAGUUGGGUUUAGUUGUUCUUUAAAAGGGGGGUGGGAGCGGAGGACUUGUUCUUAUGCCCUAUUGAAGUGCUUGCAAACAGACCACUUCUGAUUUGGGUUUAUUGGGCAGAUAAACUAGUGGGUGGGACACAAACUGAGUUCUGAAUGGCUACUACAAAGGAUCUCCCUCAAAGGAGGCCUGCUUGCCUUGCCAUCCAAAAACCACUUGCCUCCGCCUGAGCUCUAGGCUUUGUUGGUGGCAACUGAAGAAACUGGGAAGAAGAUGCUUCCUUUGGUUUUGUGUAUAAAAGACAAAUUAAAUGGCAAAUGUCUCCCCCCUGGUUUAGCCAAAGAACAUGGCUGUGUUCUGUGUUUUUGCAUGCUGCCCUGCUUUGGGUCUUUCAGAUUGCUUCCACCACAAACCAGAGGCUAAACCCCCAGAGUGUAUGAAACCCGUAAACGUUAAGAUCAGUUUCCAGGUAAAAAUCCUGGUUAAUAAAGGACAAAGCAAAAGAAAUGCUGGGAAUCAGCUGUCUAAACUGCAUUGUGUCAAAAGGGCGCGUUUUCCAUAAGGCAUAGACUUAAUGUUAAGGGGCUUUAAACAUUGCUGUGAGAGAGACUUUUUUUAUCAGCUGUGUUGAGUGACUUCAUGAAGGUAACAAAAGAUGUAUGUGGGGUUUGUUUGUUUGUGUUUUCAUAGAUUCCAAGCUCUAGAUUACGUCAGCGUUCCUGCUCGGCAUUUUCUCCUUGUUUCUCUGGGAGUAAGGUCACAUGCUCCAACAGGGGCUGUGUUUUGAGCUCAGUUCAUUUCAGGGGCUCUUAAUUUUAAAACUGCCCCUUGCUGAGGUGUUUGCAGUGUUGGUUGCAGGAUAUUGGAGAGGAAGAGUGCUGUGUAGCUCCAGCUUCUCCCUUCCGCCAACAGAAGCUGGUCCAAUAAAAAAUGUUACCUCCCCCACCUUGCCCAGUAGAUAAUCCAUAAUGUGCAUUAGGCCACACUUUUUAAAAUGAAGUGACCUGUUCAUUAGAAAUCUAGCUCCCUUUUCUUUCCGAGCUGCUUUAGUUUAGACCUUCUAGGACAGAACCUUUCUUUGAAUGCCUGUUUCAGUACACUGGGACUUCUGCUCUGGCACAUGCAAAGUAAAGCAUUUGGGGAGUAAAGUGAAUCCAUAAGAAUUGUGUGUGAAUCUUUCCCCCAACCAACCCCACAGUCACUCAGGUUAAUUCUGGGGAUUUUCCCCUCUGUUCCACUGAUGUCAAACUGAUGAAGAUUGAGUAAUGAUCCCAGAGGCACAGUGAGGUCCCAGAGGUCUGAAGCAGGAGUGUCCUGAUCCUAUCCUGGACUUUGCCAGUGACUUGCUUUGUGAGCUUAAACAAAUCAUGUACUCCGUUUCUGUGGAGUCUUUGUCUAGGGAGCCCAUUGCAGUCGUGUCCACGUGCUGCUUCUGUAGCAUCUGAGCACGGCUCGUACCCGCCUGGCUGGGCAGGAUGGGUGUGUGCAAGUAAACGGCUAGAUAGCAACACCUUCCUUUGCAUGGACUGCGAUGGGGAUUCCAUACUCGGAGCAAGCUGCUGAACUUUGAUUUCCGCUCAGCAGAAAUCCGUUACAUGGCUGAUAACUCCUCUCUAAUCAUCUGAAUGUUCCUACAGGCCACGCGUCGAGAGGAUGGGGAGCAGCUCUUCAUGGCUUUGAUACUUUUAAAGAGGAAGUUGGGUGCUAGGCACAGCUUUCAAAUACCUGAGAGUGAAUCAUGAAUCUCUUUACCUGGCGCGCGUUUCCCAGCUGUUACUGCUAGCUAAUUACCCCCAGGCUAUUUUCGACUUCUCCUCCAAGCUAUGAAAUCAUAGUAUUGGCCUUGUGACAUCACAGUCACUUCUGUGGCAACAGGCCGUGCGAACGUCAACACGAAAGCAUGAGUUCAUCGCAGGAAGGAGUGGGAGCACACGUGAUGCUGCUCAGGGAGCAAGCUCCUAUUCAGACACACCGACGGCAGUGAAGGUAGUGCAGACAAACCCCAGCCAAGUAUGUGAUGUUAUUUCUCUUACCGAGAAAUUUGUUCUCUUUCAGGUCUUUCUUGUGUGUGAGUUCCCAUCUGAGUGGAUUUGAUGUCUUACUCCGAUUCGCUUGCCUCCUCCAUUGUUGUGAGGACAAGGUAUAUGAGGGACCAAACGCUCCGCAGACACUAAGCAGACUGAGCCAGCCAGGAGUGGGAAAGGAUGCCGAUACCUCCUCCCCCUCCACCGCCUCCUGGCCCCCCUCCGCUGCCAACCUUUCAUCAGGCAAACAGCGAGCUCCCGAAGCUGAGCCGAGAGGAGCAGCGAGGUAGAGGAGCCCUGCUCCAGGAUAUCUGCAAGGGGCCCAGACUGAGAAAGGUGACGCAGGUCAAUGACCGGAGCGCUCCAGUCCUGGAGAAACCCAAGGGAGGAGGUGGUGGUGGCUCCAGCUCUGUUGCGCUCCAGCCCAAAGGCGGCCUCUUCCAAGGGGGCGUCCCUAAGCUCAGACCCAUCGGAGCGAAGGACAACUCAGACAGCUCCUCCGGCAAGCAAUCGCUGCAAGUUCCUGGCUCCAGAUCAGCAGCCCCGCGGCCCCCGGUGCCCGUGACCAACAGCCGACCUCACGAUGACUCCGACAACAACCGGGCUUCCCCCCCUGAGCUUCCCCGGAUGCAGAGACCCUCCUUGCCUGACCUUUCCCGGCCCAACAGUGCCAGCAGUACCGGCAUGAAACACAGCUCGUCUGCCCCUCCGCCCCCGCCUCCAGGCCGCCGAGCCAACGCGCCCCCCGCCCCCCCGCCUAUGCAUGGCAGCAAAGCACCUUCCUAUAAUCGGGAGAAGCCGUUACCGCCAGCUCCAGGACAGCGGCUCCCCACGAGCCGGGAUGGCCCCCCAGCACCGCCCCCCAUCAAGCCCCCUCCUUCCCCAGUGAAUGUCCGAACGGGGCCAAGUUCUCAGAACCAGUCUCUAGCUCCCCCUCCGCCCCCUUAUCGGCAGCCCCCCGGCGUUCACAACGGCCCUUCCAGCCCCACCAAUGAGCUGGCCCCAGAGCUGCCUCAGAGACACAACUCUUUGCAUAGGAAGACGCCUGGCCCUGUGAGGGGCAUGGCUCCUCCUCCACCCUCUUCGGCUUCCCCGUCGCUCCAGAGUAAUCGACCCCCUCCGCCGGCCCGAGACCCUCCGAGCAGGGGAGCAGCACCCCCACCCCCGCCCCCACUGAUGCGGAAUGGUGGUCGUGAUGCUCCCCCGCCCCCACCCCCCUACAGAAUGCAUGGGUCAUCGGAGCCUCUGAGUCGAGGGAAACCUCCGCCCCCACCUACCAGGACACCGGCUGGGCCGCCCCCUCCACCUCCCCCAGUGCGAAAUGGGCACAGAGAUUCCAUUGCCACCGUGAGAUCUUUCUUGGAUGACUUUGAGUCCAAAUAUUCCUUUCAUCCCGUCGAAGACUUUCCAGCUCCGGAGGAGUAUAAACACUUCCAGAGAACUUACCCCAGCAAAACGAACCGAGCGAGCCGGGGGGCCCCACCGCUGCCUCCCAUCCCCAGGUGAAGUCCAGCUGCAUUGCCUGGUUGUUCCUUGGUGAGGAGACGGACCUUCUCUCCUUUCCUUGAACGGACUCCCCCCACAGCCCGCCCGCCCCUAGGAACCUGCAUGAGAAGCUCCCAGUGUCUCGUUUUGUUUUUCCAAUGGUGCAAGGAACAAACAAACCCGGAUGAAUCCCCUCUCACCUCCAUCUAUGCAUUUCAUACCUGGACUUACCUGGGUGAGUCCCUUCCUCCACUUUAGAGCUGCAGAUCUGCGGGCCGCGCUGGGAAGAGGCUUCCUGCACCACUCUGCAGAUCUGUGCAAAAAGACUCUCCUGGUCCACAAGGUUAAUGUAACGCAGGAUGAACUCCGAGCCAGCGUGGGAUGGCUUUGGGGCCAGAAACCAGUGUGGUGCGGCCAGUACCCUCCAGUGCUCCGCGCUAGGGCAGGGCGAGGGGCAUGUGGGGUGGGGUAGGGGGUCAGACUUGGAGAAGGGAGGGUAGGGAAAGGGGUGGGGGGGGUCAGAUUUGGAGAUGGGAGCACAGGGAAAGGGGUGAGUUUUUUUUGUUUUUUUUUUUUUUAAAGUGAAAUGUCUAGAACACUACUGGCUGUGAACACUAUGUACAGAUCAGUUCAGCUAAAGCAACGAGGUGCAGGAAGAGUUUAAACUAACGUGGUUAUUUACCCAGACACACUAACUGCCAUCCCCCCCCCCCCCCCCCCGGAUCCAGCGAAGGGGGUCAGACUGUCCCACAGGAACACGGGCCCACUGGGUGGAGCAAAUGCUAGCACGGGGCAUGCUAUGACAGUGGCUGUAACACACAGGUGGUUUGUGGGCCGUGUUCUGUCUGGGGAUGCUGUCCAUGGCUGCAUGGCCUUUCCUCCGAGUGCAUCUUUGUAACAAAUAGGGCACUGCUAGAUUCCCCCCGGCGGAGAAUUUGACAAGACUAAUCAUUCCUGGGUUUUUAACCUGGUAACAGCAGCUGCAAGCAUCUCCAGCUCGCCCCCCGGUUAGGAGACGGAUGGUAGCUAGCGGCCCGCGGUGUGGGAGCUUGCCGCUUUGGGAGCAGUCAGCUUAAUCACACUGAUGGGUUCCUGCAAAACGCUGCUUCCCUUCCCGACGGGUGGCGCGGCUCUUCGUGCCCUGCUGGGUGCUCUGAUUUUAAUGCUAAAUGACCACAUUUAUAAUUUUAACAGGAAGACGAUAAUCGUUGUAAUGUUAAUAAGCAAAAAAUAUGGAAACCCUGCUAACUAGGUUUUAAUCUGUGGAGGUGAGAUCAGGGGCCUCGUGUUCUGACUGUGGGUCAUGUGGUUAGCAUGAAAACACACUCUAUUUUUCAUGGGGGAAUUGCCUCGUUUGGCCAGACUAGCUAAUGACUGUUCAUAUUCCAUGGAAGGGUUUAUAAUAAUCCUGUACCUAGCUGUUGUUUUGCCUUAUACACUACUUCUGUCCUGUUGGUACCAGAUUGAUGAUUCUUCUGUAUAUUUACUCUCUGACCGGGAGGGGUUACAUUAAUCAUAGUUACUGAUCUAUUUUGUAUGUUGUAAAAAGCUUGUAAUAUAGGAUUAAGGUGGGCUUGUUGCAAGUAUACUAAAAUCCUCACCUUUAAACUGCUCUUUUUCUAUGAUGAGGGAAAUGUAUCCUUUUUACGUUCAAACUAGGCAGCACUCAUGUUGAGGACCACUGCCCAGUUACAGGAAAUGUUGGGUUUGUUUUGUUUUUUUGUUUUUCUGGAGGAAAAAUAUCUGCCCAGCUUAGCUGGUUGGAAGAGAAGUUGAUGCACUGUGCAUUUUUGUUUAAAUAAAUUUUAAAAAAGGAAAAAGUCUUUCCCUGUAAUGUUCGCUCCCUGUAAGUCUUGUUCUGGAAGCAGAGGGGGUUCUUUUUAAAAGGAAAAAAAAACCUACUAAGCUUGAAAUUGCAUUGAAAUAAAAAUAAUAAAGAUGCACAUCAGUUCAAAUCGCAACUUUUGGGCCAAAGCACUUUGGUGUUAAGUGUUUCGCAUGUUGUCUUGUAUGUGUUUUGUGGUACUUCCAUUGCUCGUCGGAGACCUGGUAGCGUUUCCGUCAUCUCACGGCUGUGCUGCCUGUACGCCUUGGCCAUUUAUCAGCCAGUGGCGAAACACAGGCUGAACCCGCUUUGUAGCAAUUCAGGGAGUAUCCAAGGUGGUUCUGCCAAACUGGGCUGUGACUCUUCAAAGCCUGCUGCUAAUGGUGGAUCCCUGGGAGCCCUUAAAGGAGGCGUAGACUGGUCUGGGUGGGGAAGAGGGGCAGAAGAAAGAUACCGCUGUAUGCCAAUGUGAUGCUUCCUUAACUAGUCUGACCAACUUCACAUCAUAGGACUAGUGAGAAGAGAGAACUAGACCGAAGCUUUGCUUAACAUAGCGUGGAGUUUGCUUGGGUUUUUUUUUUCUCCUGACUGCUUGAAAUAGGGCCCUUGAGCCUGGGCUUUUUGUAGCAAUAGACACUGCACCAACAAGGUGGCGUGUCCACCCCCCAAGAGGCGAGUGAGCAGUUUGGAUGCUCCAGCUAGCGAAGCUGCGUUGUGCCCUCUCUGGGAUCGUAGGGAUCGGCUGGGAACAGAGUUCCUAGCGGUUCUGUUUUUCGUAGUCUUGCAUUGCACCUGGAGCAGUUCCGAAGGGCUGCAGAACGGAGAGGCUCGGUGAGUCUUCAGUGAGAGACCCGUCAAUGGGAGAACUCUUGGUUCACGCUUAUGGUGCCUUACCUGUGUCCAGAGCAUUUCAGACUCCUCUCCUUGUGCUUUGUGGACUAAAGCAAUUCAGCGUGCAUAGUCGCACCACUGCGACUGGUUUUUCCUUCCACCUGUUUGGUCCUGUUUUAAAUCCCCAUUUCCUCUUGACUGCAGCGUCACUGAAGGGUUCCAGUUUCUUGAGUCUCUCCCACGGCAGUCGCUCCUUGGCAUGGAAGAGCUCAAGUAUUCAACGGCCCGUUGUAUAAAUGUACUAGACCUGACCUGUGGGUGGAGUCCGCACAUUAGCUGGAUUUUUAAAAUGUAUUGUAUGAAUUUUUUGUUUCAUUUUGCUGUGAGACUGUAGCCAUCUCUAAAGGUUUGACUUCUCCCUGGGAGGGAUGUGUACUGUCGCUUAGAUUCUGGUCUGAUUUUUGUAUGCUUCUUCCUGUCUCUCCUACAUGCAGUUCUUUAAACCUCACUAUUAAAAUAAUAAUCUCAA